AUUCCACCCUUCCCAAAACAACCAUCAAAAGUAAGAAAAAUAAGCAAAAAGUUAAGUAUAUAUGGCCACCUUUCUAAUCCUUACAUGAACUAAUUCAAGGUGAGGGGUCCUAUAUUUUCAUAUCCAACUUCACAAAAAAAUCCCAAUAAAUAAAUUAAUGAAUUAAAAUGCACCUUCAAUUCAAUUAUUAUACAUCCUUGGUACCUCCCCCCUUCUCCUCCCUACAAACAAACUUAUAAAUCUUAAAUGAUCCACAAUUCCAUAUCCCUACAUUAUUCCUUCAAAAAAAAAACUCCAUAUCCUUAGCUUCAUCAAAAAUUCCAAAAAAAAUGCCAUCUAUUUAUUCAAUCCCAUUUAAAAAACUCCAAAAUCCAUCUACCUUAAUUUCCCUUCUAAAAAACACAAACCCUAAUUAUGACAAAACCUCAAAAAAAUCAACCUCAAAGAAGCCCUCCUCUUCCAAAGGUGGCCUUCUUAAAAUGUUCAAGCUCUUCCCACUCCUGACAUCCGGGUGUAAGGUGGUGGCACUACUUGCAAAAUCCCACCACCUUCGCCGCCCCAUGAUACCGGACCACGCAACCAUCAUCACCCUCUUUGGUACACGUCGAGGGCGUAUAACCCUAGCUAUCCAAGAAAACCCUCAUAGUAUCCCUUUCUUCAUGAUUGAGCUACCCAUCCUUUCUUCCUCCUUCUACAAAGAAAUGGCUUGUGACAUUUUAAGGGUUGCCCUAGAAAGUGAGACUAAAACACAUAAAAAGAAAGUAAUGGAAGAGUUUGUAUGGGGUAUUUAUUGUAAUGGUAGGAAAGUAGGGUACUCCAUAAGAAGGUCACAAUUGUCUGAUGAUGAAGUUCAUGUUAUGCAAAUGCUUCAUGGUGUUUCAAUGGGUGCCGGAGUUUUGCCACCGUCACCAAAUGAUCAUCCUCGCCGCCAGUCGCGCCAUGAUCAUUGUUUUAACGAUGAAGAUGAUGAUGAUGAUGAUAAGGAGGAGAAAGAUGAUGGUGAUCAGUUUACGUAUUUAAGGGCCAGAUUUGAAAGGGUUGCAGGGUCUAAGGAUUCGGAGGCGUUGUAUAUGAUUAAUCCUGAUCAUUCUGAAGGUCCUGAAUUGAGUAUUUUCUUUGUAAGAGGUUCAUUUAAGUAGAGAUUUUAUGUUUAUGUUAAUUUGUAUUUAUUUGAUAUUGAUCAUAGAAUAUAAUCUUUUUAAGAUUUGUUAUGACUUAUAUAUGAGUAUUUACAGAGAGAAAUUAGUUGA